AACUAUGACGUAGUAGCUGCGUCAGGAGCGCGCCCGCGUUUCUGAACUUGGUUUGGGCCAGGCACACGCUUGGCGACGUUGAAGGUUCUUCCACAGCUAAGGAAACUUUUGCAGCCGGAGAGGUCCCGAAACACACAUGGGGCUGGGUCCGCGCUCUCCACACAAGGUGGGGCGCCGGUUCCCAGCUGAUGGCAAACGGGGGCGCGGGGCCAAGGGGUCGGGGCGCCCCUUACCCGGCAGUAAGCGGCAACCCUGGCCGCCUCCGGAUAGGCGCUCGGAGCCGCCUCCAGAUUCGCACCCGCACCUGAGCCCCGAAGCUCUGGGAUAUUUCCGCCGGGCGCUGUCAGCAUUGAAAGAGGCUCCCGAGACUGGGGAAGAACGAGAUCUGAUGGUGCACAAUAUUAUGAAGGAAGUAGAGACUCAGGCCCUAGCUUUGUCCACUAACAGGACUGGCAGUGAGAUGCUGCAGGAACUGUUGGGAUUCAGUCCCUUGAAACCGCUUUGUCGCGUAUGGGCUGCUCUGCGCUCCAACUUGCGCACUGUGGCCUGUCACCGAUGCGGGGUCCAUGUAUUGCAAAGUGCUUUGCUACAGCUCCCUCGAUUGCUGGGGAGUGCUGCAGAGGAGGAGGAAGAGGAGGAGCAGGAAGGGAAGGAUGGGAAGGAUGGUCCCACGGAGACCCUGGAGGAGCUGGUCCUGGGACUAGCCGCUGAGGUGUGUGAUGAUUUUCUUUUCUACUGUGGAGACACACAUGGCAGCUUCGUGGUCAGAACUCUGCUUCAGGUGUUAGGAGGGACUAUUCUGGAGUCAGAGAGAGCCAGGCCCCGUGGUUCCCAAUCAUCUGAAGCACAGAAGGCCCCAGCUCGGGAAUGUAAGCCAGCUGAUUUUGAAGUCCCUGAAACCUUUUUAAAUCGCCUUCAGGACCUGACCUCCUCCUUUCUGAAGGACAUUGCAGUGUUUAUCACUGAUAAGAUCUCCAGCUUCUGUCUUCAAGUGGCUUUACAGGUUUUACACCACAAACUUCCCGAGUUUUGCGCUUAUCUCUGCAAUGCUGUGAUUGGCUACCUGAGUACUCGCAGUUCCUCAGUAGAUGGCAGUCCCCUACUGCUAUUUCUCCGAGAUCAGACGAGCUCCAGACUCCUGGAGCAGGUCCUGCUGGUGUUGGAGCCCCCAAGGCUCCAGAGCCUCUUUGAGGAGCACUUGCAGGGGCAGCUGCAGACCCUGGCUGCACAUCCCAUUGCCAACUUCCCUUUGCAGCGCUUACUGGAUGCAGUCACUACCCCUGAGCUGCUGUCCCCUGUGUUUGAGGAGCUGAGCCCUGUCCUGGAAGCUGUAUUGGCCCAGGGCCACCCAGGGGUAGUCAUUGCCCUGGUGGGGGCCUGUCGCAGAGUUGGGGCCUACCAAGCCAAGGUCCUACAGCUCUUGUUGGAGGCAUUCCACUGUGCAGAGCCCUCAUCCCGGCAAGUGGCCUGUGUGCCUCUCUUUGCCUCUUUGAUGGCGUAUGAGGUGUACUAUGGACUGAUGGAGGAGGAGGGGGCAGUGCCUGCAGAGCACCAGGUGGAAAUGGCCGCAGCCAGGGCCUUGGGGGACGUAACAGUCCUUGGGUCUCUACUGCUCCAGCAUCUGCUGCACUUCUCCACUCCUGGUCUUGUCCUUCGAAGUCUGGGUGCCUUGACAGGACCACAACUUCUGGUCCUGGCUCAAAGUCCUGCUGGGUCUCAUGUGCUUGAUGCCAUCCUGACCAGCCCUUCUGUGACGCGCAAGCAGCGCCGCCGUGUGCUGCAGAACCUAAAGGGACAAUAUGUGGCUCUGGCCUGUAGUCGCCAUGGCAGCCGUGUGCUAGAUGCCAUCUGGAGUGGAGCAGCCUUGGGGGCUCGGAAGGAAAUUGCUGCUGAACUGGGGGAGCAGAACCAGCAGCUGAUAAGAGACCCUUUCGGCCACCAUGUGGCUCGAAAUGUGGCCUUGACUACCUUCUUAAAGCGACGAGAGGCUUGGGAACAGCAGCAGGGUGCGGUGGCCAAGCGGAGGCGGGCAUUGAGCUCCAUACUUGAAGACUGAGGCUUUGGAUCUGGGACUGCGCGUUGAUGGGGGAGGGCAAAAGGGGAUAUCCACCCCAUCUCUUUCCUGGUUUAAACUGGAGUCAAAAGUCGUAGUGGUAAAUAUUUUAUAUUUUUAUUGGAAAUGUUUUUGUUAGUUUGUGGGGAAGGAUAUGAAGACAUCUCAGGGUAAAGUCAGAGGGCUGUCAUCAGUGUGCUGGGGAGUUUAGGGACAGGAGGCAUUGGUAGGGGUUAGAUGUAGCAGCAAUCAGGCUGGGAUCAAGAUGCCUGGGGGACAGGCUUGUGGCCUUUCAGGGCAAGUGGGAGGCCAGAAAGGUGGCUAGGAAGGGACAGCAUUCUUCAGGUAAGGGUAUAGACUUGGGAUGUGAGGCAUUAUGCUGAAAGGUUCUCUGACAAGCGGAUCAGAGGACAAUGGGGAAAUUGGGUGAGUUAUCUAGCCUGUACUGUCUGCAGGUCCUGAAAUUUGAUGCUGUCAUCGUCUUUGCAGUGUGUCUCUUGGAAUGAUUCUGGGGGCAGAAGCUCAGAGCCCCUUCUUAGUAGGAAUGGAGGCAGCCCUUUUGCUGCCACUGCUCAGCCCCCUCCACUACAUGACGAAGGGUGGAGGAAAUUCCCAGCAACAUAUGGCCCAGGCCUUGCAGCAGUGUGGAGGUCCAACGAAGGAGCUCCCUGAAGGGCAGAGACAAGAGGAAAUCAGAUGAUUUGGGAAACCUGGGAGGAAGCCAUCAAGCUGGGAGAUGAGGACUUUCCACAAGCAAGAGCUAACUAGGGGUAGGUGGGUGCAGGAGGAGGAAUUAUGGGGACUAUCCAACUGUAGGGGAUGGGGAAGUAUGACAUGUUGAUUUCUGACCUGAGUACUUUCUUUGGGCCGAGUCCUUGAAAGUCACAACUCAUAGAGUAGAGCCCGUAGAAUGUGGCUUUGACAUUCAGGCUGCCAAAGAGGUCUCGAGGGUUUUGCUUGUACACGUCAAAGGUGAUGCGGGCGAUGUCCUUGCUGUGCUUGGGCCUCUCCCGUCCCAGGCCAUAUGACAACACUCCACUCUGUAGGACACCCUUGUCAGUGCAGUAUAUCCUCACACCAGACACCCACCACUAAUCUCCAUCGGCACUGUGUCAGACUCUCCCUUGCUUAGGCUUUCUGUCCACUGUGUGACAUCCUUAACAAUUCUACAACUCCCCCUGUACCUGGUCCCCAGGAUCAGGGUUAAGCUAGAGAGGAAGCCCGGGAAAGCUCUAAAGGAUGGGCAGUGGAAGCAGCCCCAGUAUAGGCCUCUUACCCUUGCGGGGCUCCAGCUCUGACCAGACUCCAACACCAUCAGGCACGUGUCAUCCUCCAGCAGCUGGAAGAAGUCCUCACUGUCCACUGCAGUUCCAUCCUCCUCUAGCACCAGGGUUAGCACUCCAUUCAGCAGUAGGGUCUCCAAUGCCUGCCCAAUGGCAAGAAGCAAGAAGGAAGGUAUCCCAUGCCCCUUCCCUCUUUAGCUGCCCAACAUCCAUCAGUUGGCUCUAGACAUUGGUCGAUGUCCCACCUUGACUUUCUGGCACUUUGAUACCUCCUAAAGGCUGCAGCUCUCCGUGUUCUUCAGGUUUUGGGGGAUCCUAGCUAGAGGCUGAGUUUUUUCCUCUUUGCUCCUACCAUGUCAUUGGCAUCUCCCCUUGCUCCCCUCCAAGUCACUCCUGGUUUGGAAUUGGAAAGCAAGCCAGGUUCUCAUGAAGUCCACCCUUCUGUCUUAUCUACAAUGCUGCACCUCACUUCCCACACCCUCAGAGUUCUCCAGAAGUGUUUUGAGUAAUAGUGUUUAACCUUUUUGAGUCCUUACUCUGUGCCGGGUAUGAAGACUUUACCUACAUUAUCCUCUUACUCCUUUCAACAACCCUAGGAGGUGAUGUGUUAUUGCCUUUUUAUAGAUGAAGAAACUGAGGUUUUGAUAGGUUGAACAACUUCCCAAGGUUUGACAGCCAGGAAGUAGCAGAAUCAGAAUUUGAACUUGAUUUGUCAUACAAAUUGCCUUCCAUACUGGCCUCUGAAUUCCAUCCCUCCAACUCUCCCUAACUCCUGCUAACCCCUGCUCCCAUAGAAAAGCUCACUAGGUGGAAAAUGAACAAACUGACUGGAGCUCAUGAGGCCCACCCCACUGAGCUCUCAGCGGGAGGAGGCAGCUGUGUGACUUCAGCCCUCUCUGCUCCAUCAUCACAAGUUGCCACUUGUGGAGCCCCUUGGCUACCCCUGCUAAAGGAACCAAGGAACUUGGCCUACUUACUUUGGCUAGCAGCUCCUGGCGGGUGGCAGCUGUCAGGCCUUUCCGGAUGGUCCGCUUGUGAUUACAGACACGGAAAGGUCGCUGGGGUGGUGAAGCUGAGGUCCAGACCCUCCGUCCAAACUCUGAGCUUAUAUUAGAUACUGACCUGGUAGUUGAGAAGAAAAGUCAAGAAGGGGCGAGGAGGGGCUUAGUGAGUGUAAAGGGCGUGAUGGGGGUAGAGUGGGAGGGAGGGAGAGAUCUAGGUUUAUAGAUGGUAGGGAUGAGGGAGAGACCAUGGAGUACAGGUGGGGUCGGGUGGGUCAAGAGCUUGACAAGCCCACUAUGGAGUGGGGAGCAGAAGAGGAAGGGGUACUGGUUAGUGUCCUAGGGGCUGAGUGGAGUAUUGUUGCCCUGCUUAUAUCCCCUAAAGGUAGAGGGUAGAGCGGAGGGUUAGCAGUCACCUGAGUAGGUCACUGGGGUUCAGAGCUGAGAGGUACUCCAUGGUGGAUGGGAGAGUUCCUUCCCUGGAACUUCUGGGCUGGGUGGUUCUCUCCUGUGCUGGGGCUUUAGUGGUGUUUUCUGUUACAAACCUGGGAUCUCAGCCCAGGGCAACGUGGGAGUGAGUCAAGCCUGGACUCUGGCCCCCCUGCCUGACCAGUAAGAAGGGCAAAGUCCAAGGGGAGGGAUGAGGGAGGGGCCAGAUGGGGUCCUGGAGGAAGAAUUGCCUGGCAAAAGCCAUUGGAGCUUGUAUGUGUGCCUUUGGUGAUGACAUGUGUUGUGAGGGUAGAUGGGAACCAUGUAAAAGGAUGAAACGUGACCUCUGGUGUUUUUUUAUUUCUAUGAGAGAAUUUCUGGGGAUGGUUUCUGGCUCUCAGACUCUGAGAAGCUGCAUUUUAUGUGAGUGGCUCUGUGUGUGCUGCCACCUACUGGAGUAGCCAUAAGCUGCAGCUUUAGGAAAAGGGAUCCCGGGGUGGAGUGUGGGGAAGCUGGAUGGCAGCAUGGCAGGGCUUUGGAAAAUGAGAGGUGAGACUGUGUCCAGGAAGGGUGUAAGGAGAGGAUGGAUCCUGAUCCAUGGAUUCAGGAUCAUUAGGGUCCUGUCUGGGACCCUGGUUUUCCUACUUACCUGCUCCUUCCUCCUUGGUCAAAGGAGGGGCUGGUUCAUUGCUCUGACUUCGGUUUCCAGAACGACCUGUGGAGUUGGGUCACACUUAGGUCAUCUUCUCUCUCACCUUUCUGCUUUUGCCAACUAAUGGACGUGAAGGAGAUGUGAAUGGGGCAGGAAUGUCCUUUGAUGGCAUCAAGAAUUUAGCUUCUGGUGCACUGUGUCCCAGCUCUGAUUUCAGUUGCAGCCGUGAUGGACAGUUGCAUGGAAGCUGAGACUCUCACUGACAGUGAAACCCUCAAAUGAACACAAUCCCUGCUUUCCUGCCCACGAUCCUUGUAGGGUCCCCCAGCUUCCCCACUUUUUUUCUGUGUCCUGACAAAGAAACAGAAUAACUUGAUUGCCCUGUGACCUGGCCAGCUGCAUUUCCCCUGGAGGCUUGAGCCCAAGCCAGAGCCUUGAAAAGGUAUUCAGGUUGUUGCUCAAAACACAAAAAAACUGGCCCUGGCCCUGAACCAAAUACCUUGAACCUUCAUAAACUCCAUACCCUGACCCCUUUGUUUUGGACAUAUCGAGAUAGAACAACUCUUUCUCUCACUGUCUGUUGUAAGGAUAUGCUGUAGCCCACUCAUUAAGUACAUUCUCCUAAUAAAUGCUUUGGACU